AAGGGACAGAUUUCGAGGUUACUCGGUCGAGAAUGGCUGAAAAUCUGUCAACGCAGUCCGAGCCGCUGGCAUCACCUGAACUCAAUGAUGACUUCAAGAAGCCAGUCGUGCCGGUGUGCCCACCAGAGAAGGACUCUGCUGCCAGUGCCUCAGACCCCGAGGAGGGGAAGAAGGAGAGACCCACGGCGCUGCUGGACUCCGCCUGUGCAGGGCCCGGCGUCCCGCCGCCUGGGCCGGACCGCGGGGAAGCCGGGGGUCCCCGUGAGGAGACGCUUCCACCGCGACCCCCUGUGCCCGCUUCCUCGGCCGGCGGCCCGGCCCGCGCUGCUCCAUACCGAGAGCCGCCGUGGGGCGGCCGGGCUACGGCCCCCUACAGCCUGGAGACCCUGAAGGGCGGCACCAUCCUGGGCUCUCGUUCUUUGCAAGGGAUGAGCCGCUGCCUCUUCGGGAGGCUGGCCAGCUGCGACGUGUGCCUGGAGCAUCCCUCGGUGUCCCGGUACCACGCCGUGCUACAGCACGGGGCGCCUGACGGAGAGAGCGAGGGCACCGGGCCGGGCUUCUACCUCUACGAUCUGGGCAGUACCCACGGCACUUUUCUGAACAAGACUCGCGUCCCCCCACGCACCUACUGUCGGGUGCGGGUCGGGCACGUGCUUCGCUUCGGGGGCAGCAGUCGGCUCUUUAUCCUGCAGGGACCAGAGGAAGACAGAGAGGCAGAAUCUGAAUUAACUGUCACGCAGUUGAAGGAACUGCGCAAGCAGCAACAAAGGCUGUUAGAGAAGAAGAUGCUAGGGGAAGAUUCGGAUGGAGACGAGGAAGCAGAUGCUGCAGAAAAGAAAAGCGCAAGCAUCCAGGAUGAUGACGUGGGCUGCACGUGGGGAAUGGGUGAAGAUGCUGUAGAGGAUGAGGCUGAAGAGAACCCAAUUGUCUUAGAGUUCCAGCAGGAAAGAGAGGCCUUCUACAUCAAGGACCCGAAAAAGGCUCUGCAAGGUUUUUUUGACCGAGAAGGAGAAGAAUUAGAGUAUGAAUUUGAUGAGCAAGGACAUAGUACUUGGCUCUGCAGGGUGAGGUUACCUGUGGAUGACUCAACUGGGAAACAGCUGGUGGCUGAAGCCAUUCACUCAGGAAAGAAAAAAGAAGCAAUGAUCCAGUGCUCACUGGAGGCUUGUCGGAUCCUCGAUACUCUGGGAUUGCUGCGGCAGGAAGCAGUAUCUAGGAAAAGGAAAGCCAAGAACUGGGAAGAUGAGGAUUUUUAUGAUAGUGAUGAUGACACAUUCCUGGAUCGCACUGGUUUGGUUGAGAAGAAGCGAUUGAAUCGAAUGAAGAAGGCUGGGAAAAUUGAUGAGAAACCAGAGACCUUUGAAUCCCUGGUCGCAAAGUUAAAUGAUGCCGAAAGGGAGCUCUCUGAAAUUUCUGAAAGGCUGAAAGCCUCAAGCAAAGCUCUGGCCGAGUCGCCGUCGCAGGAUUCCUUAGAUGCAUUCAUGUCAGAAAUGAAAUCAGGGAGCACAUUAGAUGGCGUGUCCCGGAAGAAGCUUCACCUGAGAACUUUUGAACUGAGGAAAGAACAACAGAGACUUAAAGGGUUAAUAAAAAUCGUAAAGCCAGCAGAGAUUCCAGAACUAAAAAAGACUGAAAAUCAGACUACAGAUGCAGAAAACAAAGCUAAAAAGCUUACAUUGCCUCUCUUUGGUGCCAUGAAAGGAGGAAGUAAAUUCAAAUUAAAAACUGGAACUGUAGGGAGAUUACCCCCCAAGCGCCCAGAACUCCCUCCAAGUCUAAUGAGAAUGAAGGAUGAGCCUGAAGUAGAAGAGGAGGAGGAGGAAGAGGAAGAAGAAGAUAAAGAGAAGGAAGAUCCUGAAACAAAAAAAAUGGAGGAUGGUAACAGCGGGCUACAGCAGGAGAUGCAGCCUGAGUUGGUGCAGGGCAGAAACUCUCUCCAAGAACUCACAUGUCCUAAAGAGACAGAAACUCCUGAAAUCAUGUCUCAGCCCAGCCAGGUGGAGCAGCAUCAAGAGUAUCAACAGAUCAGUGAAACAGCUUCUUCCCUUGAGGAGCCCUCAGCAUCAAAAAAUGAGGAAAACGGAGAUGAACUGAAGAAAAAGAAAACUGCUGGUCCAGGCAAACACCCACCAAUACUGUCUUCCAAAUAUCCUGACGAUGACCCAGACUACUGUGUGUGGGUCCCUCCUGAAGGGCAAAGUGGAGAUGGCAGAACCCAUCUUAAUGACAAGUAUGGCUACUGAUUGCUUCAGAAUCCUGAAGGACGAGCUGUGGCCGUGCGGCCUGGUGCACCUGGGAUGCUGUCUCACACGGAAUGGCCAGAGGAAUUCAGAUGAUGGUUGGGAAAUCUGGUGGUUGGCCUUUUUGUCCAUUCUCUUGGCUUUCUAAAUUUAUCUGCCCCUCUGAGUCUCCUGAAGCUGAUGUUUAUGUUUAAAAGUGUUUAUUGUAUAUAUGUAAAAAGGGAUCCAUGUUCUUUGAAAAUCAGUAGUGAAAAACAUGACCCAUUAAAAUGAGAAGGCCAGAGUG